GUUUUCCACCACAGCGUUACAGUAUGGGGAAGGCGCGGCAAACUAAGAGGUUCGCAGCUAUGAAGCGAAUGAUAUCCUUGAAAGACUCGCGAAUAAAAAAACGUGAUCAGUUCAAAAAGACUACGCCUUUUAAACAAGAUUCUACUCAUCACUUGUCAGUUAAACACAACCCAGAAGUGUUCCCUUGUCUUAAGGAUUCCUACAAUGAAGCCCUUGGACCACCCUACCACAUACUUCUUGAUACGAAUUAUGUUAACUUUUCUAUCAAGAACCGGUUGGAUCUUUUUAAGUCAGUUAUGGAUUGCUUAUUAGCAAAAUGUUUUUUAUAUGUUACUGAUUGUGUCAUGGGGAAAUAGAAAAAAUGUCAGAAAGAUAUCGGGUAGCUUUAAAAAUCCUUCGUGAUGAGAGGAUUCAGAGGCUGACUUGCCAGCACAAGGGUACAUACGCUGAUGACUGCCUCGUAGAACGCUGUAAAUCCCGCUGUUACAUCGUUGCUACGUGUGACCGAGACUUGAGACGGCGGAUCAGAAAAAUAACAGGUGUUCCCAUUAUGUAUAUUCGUAGCCAUCGUGUAGUUAUCGAAAAAAUGCCAAUGGCUCUUGGAGCGCCAAAGUUGUAAAUAUAAUCAAAUAAGAAUUCAGAAAUUUUUCUUCA